ACGUCUUCUCAUGGGACGGGGAGGAGGAUGAUACAAAUUCUAGCUACCUGUUAGAGCCGUCAUCCGAGAGUCAAAUCGGGUCUACAGACAAGAUUCAGGCAGUCCUGAAUGACACGAGUGUCCCUCGAUUAUCUUUUCAGGUUGAACAGGAUGCAAGAAUUACGUCCACCCUCAAGCAUUCAUGGUUUCUCGAGAGGGCUUGGUGGAGACUGAUCGGCUUACACUAUGGAGACCCGUGAAUAGGAAUGGGAGACAAGUGUUCCAAAAUGAGAUUACACACUCCACGAAGAUUUCAGAGCCCGCUGAGUGCCGUGGAGGGAUCCUAGCAGAUGAGAUGGGCAUGGGGAAAUCGCUCUCACUACUUGCUCUUAUAUUAUACACCUUAUCCUGCCAAAGAUCAAACAACGAAGAGAAUGGGUAUCUGUCAUAUCAGAAGAAGGAUAUUCGGUCAAUCGCAACCUUGAUCAUUGCCCCGAAAUCGACAAUCCAAGGCUGGGAACAACAAGUCAAGGAACACACGCGGCCAGGCGCGCUCCAAGUCCAUAUCUACCACGGAAACGGACGAAGAAUCUCUCGCGACAAGCUCCGUAUAUUUGAUAUCGUACUUACAACAUACAAAACUGCAGCCUCUGAUGCUUCCACAAACGGCAUGCUUUCUAGAAUAUCGUGGUUCCGGAUCGUCUUGGAUGAAGCCCAUCAGAUCAGAAACCGAUCUACAAGAAACUUCCAAGAACUCACAAAGCUGCGUGCAGAACGACGAUGGUGUCUGACAGGAACACCAGUACAAAAUAAACUGAGUGAUCUCUUCUCCCUGACACAAUUUCUGGGUUUCAAGCCCCUCGAAAAUCACGCUAACGCUCGAAAAUACAUCCUGGAGCCGUUAAGCAGAAAGGAUCCAGAAGGUUUGGAGAAUCUCCGUUUGGUACUGCAAACCAUAUCGCUGAGAAGAACGAAGAAUUCAUGCAGUACUCGACGGAAGAUUGAAGCGGUCGAGCAGGUUAUCUUGAAUGGGAGAGAAAGAUGUUGCUAUAAUAUCACCCGGGCGGAUGCGAGGAAAGCACUGGGCUCGGCAACGGGGAAUUCUCAAGGCCAAAUACUUCUCCGAGCGAUAAAUACCCUCAGACAAAUCUGCAGUCACGGCGGAGCAAUCAUUGAUGAUACCCCAGACAGUCAACAUACUCGCGAGCACAACAUCUGUGACAAAUGUGGACACACGAUCGAUACUCGAAAUGACUCCCAGCAAACAUUCCGCGGUACCUGCGGUCACAAUGUGUGCUAUGAGUGUACACUGGAUCAGAAUAGUUCCGAAAACAUUUCUUUGAAUAGCGGGCCUGAAUCUUGUUCGGUUUGCCAAGAGCCUGUCAUAUCAAUCCUCGACAAUGGUCAACAAUGGAGAGGCGACCAGGUGAAUAGUACAAUGGUGAAUUGGGAUACUAAAACAGCUCCAGCCUCUGCUAUUCAUUCGUCCAAGAUAGAUAAAGUUGUCGUGAAUCUGCAGAAUCUCGAGAAGGCUUCACCAGCACAUAAAAUGGAUCCAAUCAAGAGUCUCAUAUUCUCCCAUUGGAAUCGAACACUGAACUGUUUAGAAGAAGCUCUGUCGCACCAUGGGCAGCUUUACGUCCGCAUCGACGGAAGCCUCUCUAUCGAGCAGCGACGUACAGUCAUUUACCAGUUCAACACUGUCCCAGAAAUCAGGAUCUUACUCCUCUCCUAUGGAACUGGUUCUUUCGGACUGAAUCUUCAAGCUGCAACUCACGUGCAUCUUCUGGAACCGCAUUGGAACCCGAUGGUUGAGGCACAAGCUGCAGCGCGGGUAGAUCGACUAGAUCAGCUGAAGGAUGUUUAUAUAUACCAUUAUAUUGUAAAAGAUUCAAUUGAAGAGCACAUACAAAACACACAAAGAGGCAAGCUACAGGACGCGGAGUUAUCUAUGUCGAGAAUGGCUACAGGCGAAGACCCAAACACAGGUGCUAAUAAUUCCAUGGAAUUGAGAGAUCUUCUUUGAGAUAUACUUGUUGGCUUGGAGUAUAAAGUCGAGAUAUAGACUAUAGACGAUAUCCAAAGCAGUGCAGAAGUGAACAGUAUAGAUAGAG